CUCAAACACACACACACACACACACACACACACCCUCCAAAGCCCACGCCACAACACUUGCCUCAGGACCUGCUCGGUUCUGUGGCACUGAGUGUGGGUGUGGUGGCACUCCUCAGGACCGACACAUGCUUAGUUCGUCUACUCCCCUUUGAGUGGUGCCUGAUUCUGUGUGCAGCCGCCGGUAGGAGCGAAAGGAGCACUCGGACCCCCAACCACCCCAGCCCAGACCCCAUCUCUAAAAGCAGCAGAUGUGAUAGAAGAGGAAAGGCGGAGAGGGAGAAACACAAUCUCCCCUACCCCUCCUUCCUCCAUCUGAGAGAACAAUACCCAGCCUCCAGUUGGAGAGGGUCAGCUUUUGUCCCUCUCCCCACGCUCCCGCUCAAGAGUGAACGGCAGAAAGACGCGCUGACACACUGACCUGCUGCUGUGAGAGGAGAAGACUGUGUUACACAGACACCGCACACUGCACCGCUUCAUUCAGUACUUGGACAGCUCCUGAGCAACAACCCGUGGGACUGUGUUUUUCCAUGAGUGAGUAGAGACUCGGUGAGGGACUCAAGCCAAUUUGGUUUGGAGACCAAGAACUACAAAUGCAGCCCCCUUGUUCACUCCAGCUCAGACCUUCCCCGUCCUUGGGACCGCAGGUCAGCACCGCCGGUUUCCAGCAGCUGGAGGAGAAGCAGCUCUUUGAGAAGUUUUGGAGGGGCACUUUCAAGGCGGUGGCCACCCCAAGACCAGAGAGCGUGAUUGUGGCCAGCAUCACUGCCCAGAGGAGGGUGACCAACACAGAAACAACCGCCUGCCAGCCACUUAAGACUGAUGAGGGGAAAGCGGUCGACACCAGGCUGGAUGCAGUCAACAGAAAUGGCUGCAGGAAAGGAAAAGGACGCAAACACCACAGUCAUCGCAGGGUCAGACGCCACUCCUACGAUGAGGACCUCUACAUUCGGCCCAAGGGGAAAAAGAAGAAGAGAAAGUCAGAACGCAAGAGGAAAAGGAAAAGGUCUCCCUCCCGCAGCCUGUCGCCACUGAGGAAGAAGAAAAAGAAGAAGAAGAAGAGCACCAAGAAAAGCAAGCGACAUAGAUAUACCUCCAAGAAGUCAAAGCACAGCUCUUCAAGUUUAAGACAUAAGAGGAAGGAUGAGCGCAAGCACAAAAAAAGUUCGCGGACUCACUCGCGGCGGAGACGUCGCUAUCGGAGGUCAGAGUCGCACAGUUCUUCCUGCUACUCUUACACAGAGGACAGAUACUAUCUGCAGAAAUCAGUGGCACAUCAGGAUUUAGGAGACUCUGCAGCUGUAGGAGAGAAAACCAAUGGAGUGCUAAGUCACGCGGACAUGAAGAGGAGACCAGCAGCAACCAAAUCAGUGUGUAAAACGGCUCCAAAAUAUCGCUCCAUCCUCUCAACCAGCACCAUUUUGUUUUCAAAACCUGGGAGCGAGCUCUUACAUGAAAAAGGGUCUCAGCCUUUGUCAAUCCAGACAGAUGGUCCACAUGAUUACGAUUCUGGGAAUGACACGUCAUCUCCGCCAUCGAGCAAAACUGGUGUUUCUCAGGCGAGUGUCACUGACAACAAAGGUCUGGCCUCUCCAGAGAAGCUGAAGUUCACUGACAGAGACAAUGCCUCCGAUUCAGGAAACUCCGUGACCAGCUAUACUUCCUUAUGCAAACCUUACAAGGACGACAGCUUGUCUGGAACCCUUUUCAGUGGAAACGGCAAGAGAGAGCAAAUAACUUUGGGGUGUCAUGUGGACGCUGUGAGGCCUCCAAAGACCUGUUCUCGGAAGAUGAGCGCGUCAUCUCGGCGGCGGCUGAAAACCCGGCCGUUCCGCAGCAGGAGCCGGAGCAGAUCCUCGGAGAGUUCCAGAUACUCUGCACGCUACUCUCGAAGCCUGUCACUUUCAUCCUGCAGUUCAUACUCUCCGAGUUGUUCGGCUGACUUCAGGCGGCGAGGCAGCGUGGCCAGCCUGAGCUCCAGGGGAAGCCACUCCAGACACAGUACCGACAGACUACGACACAGAAAGAGGGCAGGGAGCUAUAGAGAGACAGAUGUGAAGUAUGCACGUAAGGUUAGUGGGAAGAGACAACGACGCAAAUCCUACUCUCCAAUGAAGAAACGGAGGAGAGACUCACCGAGCCAUCUGGAAGCACGUCGUAUCACAAGUGCCAGGAAACGACCCAUCCCUUAUUUCCGACCCAGUCCCUCCACCAGCAUGUCGUCCUGGAGCAGCCUCUUCACCCGCAGCCGGAGUCGCAGCCCGAUCCAUAGCAUUAGCCGGAGCCGGAGUCGGAGCAGGAGCAGGAGCCGGAGCCGGAUCCGAAGCCGUAGCACCUGUUACUCGUCCUACAGAAGCUACAGCCGCAGUUCAUCCUUUAUUUCAAUCUUUGGCACUCGGAGUCGCAGUCGGAGUUGUGGUUCAUUGAACAAACGCAACAAAACCAGGCAUUAGGUGUCCCAGGAAACAUUAAGGGACUGAAGCGCCGCUCAGUUUUCCACUUGAGAGCAAGGACAUUGGCUGUUGAAGCAAUCAGCUAUGUGUGUCUCUGUGCUUUGCUUUGAUGCUUGAUGGGAAAUGGCCCCAGCAGGGAUCCAACCACUGCAUUCAUUUAGGCAAUUGUAUUGACUCUGCCCACACAGAGACCACUGGAGACUGAAUUGUCCUUUUGUAUUUGUUUGGUUCUUGUACUGCCUCCUCCUCUUGCAUUAGCACUCAAAAUGGCCUGCGACUGAUGAUGAUCACGAGUCACAUCUUUGAUCCCAUUAAAUUAAUUAUAAAGCAUCAACUUUAUAUUUUGAAUAUAAACUAAAGAACAUAAACUAAAUGUCCAUUAAAAUGGUACAUGACGUGGUUUAAUAGGCAUCGAGGACUUUAAAUGGCUUUCAGAAAAAGAUGUCACUGUAAAUGCAGACACUCCAGUAUUUGUGAAUAAUUAACAUAUGUUCAGGUUUCAAGAACACUCCAGUUGUUGUUAUGAGAUAUAAGGGAAAUGUUUAUUUCUAAAAAUGUAAUGAAAGGUAGCCUGACAGCGAGAACAGUGUCUGUCAGCUUAAAUAUCCAAUUCAUGUGGAAACGAUUGAGUCAGUAAUAAAUGGAGAGGGAAGUUUUAACUUUUUUUAAUGGAGUCAGAGGAGGUUUUCAUUUUUCUUGACAGCAUUUGGCAACAUAGACGUAAAUAUAACAUACAUGAUUUAUUUUCAUUCCAAACAUAAACGAACAUCCAGGGCAGUAGUUAUUGGAUUGGGAUUGUGUGUAUUUACUUAAAGUAAAGGCUGCAUCGUAUUUGGUUGUUGAACAUGAGCCUUGAAAUGCUAACAGUGUGGAUUCUGUCGCUGAGACACUGCAACCAAACUACACCUGUUUGACCUUGACAGAGGAAGGUCAAGUUUUGAUAUUUUAUUUAUUACUUAUUUAAUAUUUAUUGUUUUUGUUGUCCCCUCUCAGUAGUGGUCAAUCUUUCUAUGCAACGCUGUCAGAGUAUAGUUAUGACACUGCUGUAAUUUAUUUUUCACUUGUUGUAAAUUAUUCUCUUUGGCUCUUACCAUUGACUUUUAGAUCGUACCAUUGUUUUUUUUCCGGGUUUUUCUUGAACCAAAGUUUGACAUUUUUGGAAAUGUUUUCUUUUGCUGCCUUGCCAACAGUUAAAUAUGAUGAUAAAAAACCACUUUCACGUCAAACAAAUAUUAUAUAUUAUAAUAUAUAUGUAUAUAUAUAUAUAUAUACAUAUAUAUGUAUAUGUGUAUAUAUAUGUAUAUAUACUGUAUAUAUAUAUUAUAAUAUAUAUGAAGGUUGAUAAUUUAUGUCAAUCGAUGCUCCCACGAGCACAAUGACAUUUCCUACUGAAACAGUGUGGCCACUGGAAUGAGAAAAUAGCAAGAGUGUCUUUGCAAAGAGGGUCAGGUCCCAUUAUUUUAAUUUCUAGCUUUUGCUGUGAUUGUUGUGCUCCUCUGUUGACUGUCCACCAGAGCAAAUAAGCAUUUUUGCCCAAAAUGUCAGACCUAUUUUUUUUACGUUAAUUCUAAAACUGCUUUGACUCCAGGGUUUGAAUCCGUAAAAAAAGUUUGAAAGUGCUUUUGCAUAUGAUUAAGAAAGUCGUAUUUCUCAAUCAUCCAAAAUCCAUCAUCGUUUCUGUGUUACUGCUCCAGGCCUGACUGCUCUCUAUGCACUCAAUACUCUCAUCUUAUUUUCUGAAUGUCAAGAAAAUAGAACAAAGGGAGGAAAUAUGAUUGUGGAGGAGGAAGGAGGAUGUCGGCACAAAAAUCCUCCACAAACUAUAGACUGAUGGUGACUCAUGUCAACAGGUGUUGGUGCCGGCAGAUGAUUUGUGCAGUCAUGUUGUUAAUCUGUCCAGAUGGGCACCCGGACCAAUGUCCCUACACCCCUACCACAUGUGAGUCUUUGUGCAAAAAUAACUUUUAAAUAUGUAAUUACUAUGGUGUAAAUAUGCAGCUGCAUUAUAAGAAUUAUACACAAGGUGUGAUGAUUUGAUUUACAGAAUGUGAUCUGGAAAAUGUUGAAUGUUAAACUGUUUUUUUUUAUGGAUAUGAUACGUUGACCAGUGAAGUUGAAAACUGAGACAAUGACUAUGUUCACUUGGACAGCAAUGUUCUGAUUUUAACCUCAUGAAUACAAUAGCCAGAAUAAAAAGAAAA